AUGAAUCGCCUCUCAUGCUUUUUGAUUGUCAUUGCAUUGUGUACUGAGUUGAGUAAUGGAGCAGCUUUGCUGAAAGACUCUGUACAUUUUAAUAACUCUCUUAAACCAGGCAACAUUCUCAAGGUCCAUUGUAUCUCGGACCAAGAUAAUCUAGGCGAUCAUUUGUUGAGUCUAGGACAAACCUAUGAGUUCAGUUUUUAUGAAAGUAUUACCACGACUGUAGUCAACUGCGGCUUAUGGCAGGGACCUGGUUUCAAGUUCUAUGCAUUGUUUCAGGCAUAUAAAGGUGGUGGUCUCAUUAUGCAUUAUGGUAAGAAAAACUUUUGGGAUGCAAGAGAAGAUGGUAUAUAUUUCACACAUGGUUCACUUUCUCCCAAGUUAGAGUACAAGUGGUCAGCCCAUGUCCUUACACCAACUCAUUAA